AUGUUAUCAGCAAUAUUUUCUUCAAACCAACAAAGAGUAAAUACCUCUUCCAUUCGGAAUGAGGAAAGUAACAAAUUUACACUAAGACAAGUACAAAGUGUUAACGACUUGUCUGUAGACACGAGUGGAGAACUGAUGGCAUUGGGGAGAUUGCCAAAUCCAAACAAUAUCACACCUACAGGUUCAUCAACAAAUACCUCUUCAACUCUUUCAUCAUCAUUAAAUAGCACUUCUUCACACAUUUCUUCAGCAACAAACAUUUCAUCAACCUCCUCCCAACCAUCCCUUUUAUUACACAAAAGUAAAAAGAAUGAAGUUUCUUGUGUUCAAUUUAGUCAUGACAUUGCAAAACCAAUAUUGGCCUAUACAACAUCUGAUAGUCUUCAAAUUUUAGAUUUAUCAAAGGGAGUAACAUCUAGUACCAUUCCUAAUUCUUCGAUAUCAUCAAUUGCUGGAGGAAGUUCUGGUGUCAGAGGCCGUACAUCAUCUAAUACUUCAACUAUUGGGUCUAUAACAUCAUUCACAUCCAAUGAUACGGAUAGGGAUAGAUCUUUCCAAGCUCAUCAAAGAAGCAUCAAUUCAAUCUCUUGGUCUCCACAUGAUUUAACGAACAGUAAAAUUGCAACUUGUAGUGGUGAUGGAUUCGUUAAUAUUUGGGAUACCAGAUUACCUUCAAACCAAUGUAAAGUGGCAAGUUUUAUUUCCUAUACAGAUUUUCCAAGUAUUGUUUGUUGGAAUCCAAUAGAUUCCAAUAUAAUCGCCUCUGCACAUAAUGUAGAUUUAAGAAUUUGGGAUAUUAGAAAUUGUUCUUCCUCUUCAACACCAUCCAACAAGUUUACUACAUUUAUUUCUGCUCACCAUCCUCUCAUUUCUUCUAUGGAUUGGAGUCCAACAAAUGCACAUGAAAUUGUGACAGCAGGAUCAAUGGAUAAAUUAGUAAAGAUAUGGGACUAUACCGAACAAAAAUUAAUAAUGACACAACGAGUGGCUUUCCCAGUAUCAAAAAUUAGAUAUACACCAUUUGGAAAGGGUUUGGUUUCAAUAUCAAAGAAGGAACAUCAAGUAAGAGUUUGGAAAUUGAACUAUCCUUCACAGAAAGCAUCAAACAGACCAAUGGGAAGUCCAUCAAAUCCAACCACAGGCAUUGAGCCAAUAGAAAAUAUUAGUCUAUUUUCAGGGCAUACCGACGAAAUUAGGUGUCUUGAUUUUAGGGUAACAGAUAAUAUAGGAAAUCAACUUCUAACCUGGUCCAAAGAUAUGAGUAUAAGAUUUUGGAACUUCUCUCCUCAAUUAAUAGAUGAUUUAAAAUCAACAGAGAUGAUGACAUCUCCUUCAAAUAGUAAGGAAAAUCUUUCUGGUAGCUUGGAUAAGGGAUUUUUACUAUCAAGAUCUCCAAUAGGAAUGAUGAGUAAUCAUUUAUUAGGAAAUGAAUGGAGUAUUACUAGCAUUCCGGAUCAUAUUUUUGAGACAGAUCCAUCUGCAUUAUUUGCAGGUCUUGGUGAUCAACCUAGUUCUAAUAAUGGUGGAAUGGGAAGUCCAGUAGUCAGCUUGUCCUUUGAUAGCGAGGUUGAAAAAUUAGAAUCCAUACUUAAUAAUCUAAAGUUUUGUACACGAGUUAAGACUGGAGCAACUGAAAAACCAGAAAAUAAUGAAUGCGAGUUAAAACUCAAUAUUGAAAAAAUAGAUAAGCGUGAACAGGCAAGAUCUUGUAUAUUGAAUAUAAUACUUAUCAUCAAAUCUGUCUCAGUUCCAAAUACUCCUCCAACUAUUAAUGAGCUCAAAUUGAAGAUUACUUUCCCAAAAUUAUAUCCAGUUGGUGCUCCUCCAUCAUUUGAAUUUAUUCAGUCGAGAUCAUUCAUAUCAGUGAAUGAUUUAAAAAUUAUCAAACAAGCCCUCACAUCUGCAGCUCAUGAAGAUGUACUCAAACACAGAAAUUGCAUGUUGAGCUGUUUGAGAGCUAUCAUUUCUAUUCUUGGUAAAACAAGAUGGCGUGAAAGGAAGGAAAACGAACAAGAUGGUGUUGCAAUAAUCGGAGGUCAAUCCAGUACUUUUAACUCUCCAACAAGCGUUGGAAUGCCAAAGGUUUUAAGUAGUAUAAAUUUAGCUACAAUGUCUUCCAGCAAUACGGUUGAAGACCAGCCUCAAUCUCAGGAUACAAAAAAUAAUGUUGAUUCAGUCAAUGACAAUGUUGCUCAAGUGUUAAAAAAAACAACUGUUGACGAAGGAUCUUUUAUUGCUCAUCCAAUCAGUGGUGCAAGAUUCUCUCCUUCUGGAGAUUUAAUUUAUUUCAACUCAUUUAGCUUACGAUCAAUGAAAAAGCCUAAAGAGUCAAUAGAAUCAAAACAAAAAAGUGAAAAGAAAAAGAAUGACUCUGAUUUUGGAUAUAGGUACUAUGUUGAUAUGGUCAACGAUUUAAAGACACCAUUUGAAAUGACUAUACGAAAUAGAAACAAAGAUUUUAAUGAAGAUCACAAUGACAAGAGAAAAAAGAAGCAGAAAAAGGAAAAGAAAGAAGCUUCUAAAGUUAGUUCUAACAUGUCUGCUGAGACUCAAACAAAUUCUCUCGAUACUAGCUCAAAACAAUAUGUUACUGACAUUACUGAUGAAUUGACACCAAAUAAUAUGAAAGAAAUUGAUGAGUUAUCAAAUAAGGAGCAAGAUAAUAACUACUUUUCAUCUGUUUAUAAUGAAUAUCAUGAUGAGUCUUCAGAGGAUGAUACAUACUAUUCAGAAUAUGAAGAUGAGUAUGGAGAAGAUGUUAAUCAAUAUUAUGGAAAUCAUAACGGUUAUAUUGGUGAAAUUUACGAGCAUGGAGAAGACCAACACUAUAUUGCCAACGAACAAAAGCAACGUUUUAUUUCAUUCAAUGAUACAAGAACUGACCCAAGAAUACACAUCUAUGAUAGCAAGUACUUAUUACCUGUUUCGUAUUCCCUUGCACAACAAUACAGGGUUGUAGGAAUUAAUGCUGUGGAGGUUUGUAGGGAAAAUUCUAAAAUCUGUCUGAUGGAGGGAAGAAAAGAUCUCUCCAAAAUGUGGGUUAUACUUUCUCAGAUAAUUGAACCACGCCUCUAUUAUGAAACAAAGAACAAUGUGGCCAAGCCAUCACCAGUGUGGACUCACCAUGCAUUGGGAAGAAGAUUUGUCAAGAAAAUAUUAACACAUUUUCUGAGCAAACACGAUAUUCAAACCUGUGCAGUAAUAUCUUGUGUGUUACAACAAGCAUUGAAGGAUAUUUCAUUGGAGAUUUCUAAUUUCAAUUUACGAAAUACAGAGAGUGAUGACCUAGCACUGGAAUUUAAUCCAAAACACAAACCACACGAAUUUAUUCCAAUUAAUCAAGAUGUCUCUUUGAAUAGAAAACUAGAAGUAUAUGAGAGUUGCGAUCUAAUCGAAAAGGAAAUGAGACCUAUUAUGUCUCAUGUAAGACAAUGCUAUGCAAAACUACUUCAAAGUUGGGGUUUACAUCUUCAAAGAUGUGAAAUAAUGAAGUAUAAUGUCUCGACUCAAACAACUCAAAGAUUUAUGAACGGAACUUCUGAAUGCUCAAUAGAUAUUGAAAGUGUUCCAAUACUUAACGAGCAGUAUAGACGAAAUUUAUCUUUGCAACAACAUCAACAACAGUUACCAAAGAAGUAUAUUCAUUGUUCCCUCUGUAGGUCUCCAGUAAGAGGUGUUGUUUCGUAUUGCCCUAACUGUAACCAUGGUGGGCAUGUGGAGCACUUGCAAAAUUGGUUCCAAAAUCAUUCUACUUGUCCUGCUGGUUGUGAUUGUAAAUGUUCAGAAUUCAUGACUUUUUAUCCUGUGUUACCGCCUCAUACAGCCCAGAAAAUACUCACAGUCACUACAAACAAUAAUCACUUUUCCCCAAAUAAUUUCUCUUCUCUCCUCAAACCAACCACCCAAAGAAAUUCUGCCAGUACGCCUAACAUGCAAAGUAAUCAAUCACCAUUCCUUAAAAAUGAAACUAUUGGUGCCAGUCUUUUGUCAUUCCUCAACUAG